AGGGGUCUUGAAGAGGAAAAGCAACGUCAGUCUGGGCAGCUAUGCACCGAGCCAGGUCAGUGUGACAGAGGAGAGGGGAGCAGGGAUUUGGGCUGUGCUGCAGAGGGAUGCAGAGAGGAGCUGCCACUGCAGUAGGAGAGAGAGCCUGAGACAGAGAGGGGAACUGAAGGACGGGCACCAGCCAGGAGGCUACAGAGAUCCAUUCUUAGACAUCCAACCUCUACCACAUCGUGGCUUGGCUACUUGCCCAUGGGAGAGACCUGUGAGCAGGCAUGGACUUCAGCCCAGAUGGGCAAGAUUCUGCCAGGACCAGGGAUGGGAUCAGAUCAUCUGCUAUCCUCCUGUACAUUUCUCCCUGCCUAACACCCUCAACUGCUGGCUGAGAUACUGGGAUCUGAGGGCCUUCAUGCCCCAGGACAGUCCAGGUAGAUAGAGGACAGGGGAGACAGAGAAGAAGGUGGAGGCGGUAGCUGUGAUGAGGGACUCCUAAAUUAAGUGAGUUGGAAUAAAGAUGUAGUGUGAUUGGGAAGCAGAACAAGGAGUGUGCUGUGCUGCAGAGUGUGGUGGAGUGGAGUGGGGCAGACCGGGAGCUGGGUGGACUGACAGACACACUGACGGAGCUGCAGGGGUAACUCCAGAGGGGAGACGGAGGCCGAGUUGUACUCUGGGUCUGGAAGAUGCCCUCUCGCUGUAGGACUGUGCUGCAUAUCGUAACCACCACCCUCUUCGCCGCGGUGGUCCUGUUUGGGAUCCUGCUGGCCUAUGUGACUGGCUAUCAGUUCAUCCACACAGAGCAGCACCACCUGUCCUUCGGCCUUUACGGAGCCAUCCUGUCCCUGCAUCUUUUCCUCCAGAGCCUGUUUGCCUUCCUGGAGCACAGACACAUGCGCAGCCCCGCCCGGCCCCAGCACCUGCGGCCCUCUGUGGCCCUGUGCAUCGCAGCCUACCAGGAGGACCCAGACUACCUGAGGAAGUGCCUCUGCAGCGUGCGCCGCAUCUCCUUUCCCAGCCUGAAGGUGGUGCUGGUGGUGGACGGGAACAGGCCAGAGGACCACUACAUGAUGGACAUCUUCCAGGAGGUGAUGGGUGGAGUGGACCAGGCUGGCAGCGUGGUGUGGAAGGGGAACUACCACAGUGACGGGGGUGGAGGGGUGGGCAGAGGGGGGACUGGAGCAGCGUCCCUGCAUGCGCAGGAGGCUGCACGUGUGGCCAGGCUAGUGAGAGGCUGCCGCUACUCCUGUAUCAUGCAGGAGUGGGGAGGGAAGAGAGAGGUGAUGUACACAGCCUUCAAAGCCCUGGGAGACUCUGUGGACUAUAUGCAGGUGUGUGAUUCAGACACAGUUCUGGAUCCAGCGUGCACCAUAGAGAUGCUGAAGAUUCUAGAAGAGGAUGCAAAGGUGGGCGGAGUAGGUGGAGAUGUUCAGAUCCUGAAUAAGUAUGACUCGUGGAUCUCCUUCCUGAGCAGUGUUCGUUACUGGAUGGCCUUCAACGUGGAGCGGGCCUGCCAGUCUUACUUUGGCUGUGUGCAGUGUAUCAGUGGUCCCCUGGGCAUGUACCGCAACUCCCUGCUGCAGCAGUUCCUAGAGCCAUGGUACCACCAGACCUUCCUGGGCAGCAAGUGCAGCUUUGGUGACGACCGCCACCUCACCAACCGCGUGCUGAGCUUCGGUUACAAGACCAAGUUCACGGCCCGCUCCAAGUGCCAGACUGAAACGCCAACGCGCUACCUCCGCUGGCUCAACCAGCAGACCCGCUGGAGCAAGUCCUACUUCAGAGAGUGGCUGUACAACGCCCUCUGGUUCCACAAGCACAGCCUUUGGAUGACAUACGAGUCUGUGGUGACGGGUUUCUUCCCCUUCUUCCUGGUUGCCACAGUGAUCCACCUGUUCUACCGCGGGCGCCUGUGGAACAUCCUUCUCUUCCUGUUGACAGUGCAACUGGUUGGCAUAGUGAAGGCCACCUACGCCUGCUUCCUGAGGGGCAGUCUGGUCAUGAUAUUCAUGUCUCUCUACUCCCUCCUCUACAUGUCCAGCCUGCUGCCAGCCAAGAUCUUUGCCCUGCUCACUAUCAAUAAGGCUGGCUGGGGCACAUCAGGGCGGAGGAAGAUUGUGGUGAACUUCAUAGGGGCGGUGCCCGUCACGGUGUGGGGGGCUGUGCUGCUGGGUGGGGUUGCCUACACCAUCUACUGUGAGACCCAGGAGCCCUUCAGUGAAACAGAGAAAGCGCUUCUCAUCGCUGGGGUCAUCCUGUACGCCUGCUACUGGCUCAUUCUGCUGGUUCUCUACCUGGCUAUAGUGGCCAAGCGCUGCAACAAGAGGGAGGAGCAGUACCACCUGCCGUACGCAGAGGCAUAAGACAUGGAUCCUUGUUCAGUCCUUUGUGGUGCUGCUAGAACAACUGAGCCAGUCUGUGGCCCCACCACUCUGUCUCCAUGGUGCUAAACCUCUGGGACCUAUGGGGCAUGAAUGUGUUGUAGAAUGACAUUGGAUGGACAGUUCUCACAUUAACCUGGGAGACUUGGUUAAGUAGGUUACAAACCUUUUCUACAGUACAGAGUCCUCUACCAGUGGGCCUGGUGCUUACCAUGGAUAUAAAGCACAUUAUCAUACAGCCCGUUUGGUCAUGGUGGGACAAGGUGUGGCCAGGAUAUACCAGAGAUCAUAAGAGCUAUGACACGGUGUGUGUCAGUAUGAAGCAAUGUUGAUAUGUGACUUGAUGCACUGAGCUGAGGGCCUUCUCUGCCUCAAUCAGGAGACACAAUGAUCUACAGUUGUAUUUUUGUAAUACAAUAAUUGAUAGACAAUCUAACAUUUAUACAAACAUAACUUACAAAUAUAUUUGGUGCUGAUGAACAGGCCCAGGGUAAACUUUUAGCUCGUAAGCUAAUGGCUUGCAAGAGUAUUGACACUCAGUUGAAUGAGUCAGUGAGUUUCUGUGGCCAUUUUGUUCUAUGGGUGCCAAAUUGUAUACACAUUAUACAGCAGUGUUCAUUACAGGAUGUACUUUUCCAAAUGAGGUUAAUCCCUUAUUAAUUCCAUCAUGUAGACUAUGACCAAAGAGCACUUGUUUUUUGACACGUCGUACCAUUAAUACAACACAAGUACUAACUCCAUUGCUGUUAUUAGUUGUAAAUCCAUAAUGAGAAAAUAAAAACAUGAACCCCUUUUAUCAAGGUCAGGUAGUAUUAGUGUAGGUGCUACCAUGUCUAAAUUGACAUGUGUUUUUUGUUUUUGGAGAAUGGAGAUAAUGUCCUGGAAGUUUCCACUUGUGUGCUCUUUAAGUUGUGUUCAUAUUAUUUUAUUAAAUGAGGAUUGCAUAACGUGAAACUUGAAAGUGCAAACAAGACACAUAAAACAAUUUUGUUUACAGACUUGCUCAGCCUCUAUCUACCAAUGGUGCAGUAGGUCAAUUUGAUGGUACAGUACAUUUCCAGAGGUGAUAUAGAUGUUCAAGUACAAACUUUGUCGGCCAUCAGGAAUAUGUUUUGCAGUGUUGUCUUGGCUAUGAAUCAGAGUUUGCUGUUGUUGGGAAUCAAAACUGCAACCUCCACAUCAGUUUCACAAGGCACAAGAUUGUUUGCAAUUCCUUAAAUAAAGAUACUUAAUAGAAAAUGACUCAAGUAAAAGUGAAAGUCACCUAGUAAAAUACUACUUGAGUAAAAGUCUAAAAGUAUUUAGUUUUAAAUAUACUUUAGUAUCAAAAGUAAAUGUAAUUGCUAAAAUAUACUUAAGUAUCAAAAGUAAAAGCAGAAGUAUAAAUAAUUUCAAAUUCCUUAUAUGAAGCAAACCAGACGGCACCAUGUUCUUGUUUUUAUUUAUUUAUGGUUAGCCAGGGGCACACUGCAACAUGUAGACAUCAUUUACAAAGGAAACGUGUGUUUAAUGAGUCCGCCAGAUCAGAGGCAGUAGGGAUGACCAGGGAUGUUCUCUUGAUUAUUGCGUUAAUUUCCCUUUGCUGCUAAGCAUUCAAAAUGUAACGAUUACUUUUUGGUGUCAGGGAAAAUGUAUGGAAUAAAAAGUACAAUAUUUUCUUUAGGAAUGUAGUGAAGUGAAAGUAAAAGUUGUCAAAAAUAUAAAUAGUAAAGUAAUGUACAGAUUACCAAAAAAACUACUUAGGUAGUACUUUAAAGUAUUUUUACUUAAGAACUUUACACCACUGAUGGGGGCAUAGCCAUGGUAGCCAAAAUAUUAGCCUGCCCAGCAUGAUGGCCCUAAGCAUGAGGGGAUGUUAAUUGUUAAUUAACUCAGGAACCGCACCUGUGUGGAAGCACCUGCUUUCAAUAUACUUUGCAUCCCUCAUUUACACAAGUGUUUCAUUCAGUUACUUGUGGUCAUUAAUAGGUUUGGUUUUAGGCAGUACAUUGGAAAACAUGUUGGAGUCACUAGGCCGGGUUUGGUUUUAGGCAGUUUAUUGGAAAAAAUGUUGGAGUCAAAAGGCCAUUAAGAGACGCCAGUCAGCCCGAGAGAUUGUGUGUGGGGUGGCCAGACACAGAGGGGGAAAUUUUGUACUGUGUGGCUGGAUGAAUUAGUCCCUUUAGCCAUCAUGGAGCAAAAAGGGUGGAAAUCUAUGGUUACACUUCUAUUUGCAUGCCAAGAAGGGACCUCCCCCGUUCCCCUAAACACACACAUAAACAGCCCCUAGGAGGCUAGGGAGGCUUGCAACCCCUUUGGUCCUCUUUAAGGAAUAAGUACUGAAUGCUGGAACACUGAACUUAGUGUUUAACAUUGUGUACAGACAGCAAACUAAUCUCUAUUAUUCAUCUGUCUUAACAUGUAGAUGUGGCCUACCUUUCCCUUUCUACUCCUGAGGGUGUAUGUCAGGUGACUGUGUAAUAAGACUCUCUAUGCACAUGUAUGAUGUAUGUAAACUAGCAGCAGCAUAUCAGCAAGUAAAAUUAUGAGUAUGUGUAAAUUUAUUUGGCGAAUAAAGGUGAUUUUGAUUCUUCUGAUUCUGACAUAGAUGUUGGGAUUAUGUGAAGAAAUGAGAGGCAAGGACACCAUAUAGAUGACUGUGACAGUGUUGUCUGACAUUCGUUUGUAUGGUGUGGAGAUGUCAAAUACAAUCUUUGUUAUAGCCUAUCUAUCAGGCUGAACAUCUGCUUUCAGUCUACAAUAUUGUCAUUAGCAAUUUUGAUUUCCUUGAUACUGCCUGCCUCUGUUUGAAAACAAAUCAAUCGGUCUCAUAAUGCUGAGUGACUGUAGAUGUCCAGCCAUAUUUUGUAAGCAUAUCUUACAAUGAAAAAACCCAGUCUUAUAAUUGUUUUGAAUAUAAUUAUGUAACUAUUCAAUACGUCUGUGACUGAAAAUCUAUACCAGACUUUUCUAAGGCGUGUCAAUGCCGCAGAACAACCGUUAAGCCUAUCCAACAAACCUCUCAGCUCAUACAACAUUCAAUGUUACAUAAAGACAAUUUUUCACAGUAUAUUGCAAAGUAAUAUAUUUUGUGUAUUGUAUAUAUACAAAGAUAUUUUGAAGAUGUACAAUAAUUGUGGGUUUAAGAAUAGACCUAUAUUUAAAAGGAACUAUGGGAUUUUUACAUUUCAUGAAACAAUAGCGGUUUACAUUAUUUUUUACAAUGUGAUGUAGUCAGCGCAAUGAUCUGUUAUUCAGUGUAGUUUGUCUCUAGUGCUCAACAUUGCUACACGGGUCUUUUUGUAGUUUCAUGGAUGAGACAUCACUCAUAUCACCAUCAUCCCUAUUUUGAUUUAGGGAUGAUGCUUCAUGUAGACUUAGAACAGGCAGUUAGUUAUAACUGUCAUGUAAAAGUAAUAAACCAAGAUAGCAUUUCUAAUACAGUAGUAGGGUACAAAAAAAAUCAGAAUCAUGCACCAGCAUAUGGCUAUUGAAACAGAAAAUACACAUUUUAUUGGUUUGUAAUUGCAGAAAAUAAAGUAUUGUAACCACCUAUGUAUUUCAUUAUGUUUAAAUAUAAAAGGCAAGACAUGUUGUUGGAAAAAGGUUUUGUAUUUGAAAUCAAAACAGUUAUUUUUCCGACUUGUACAGCAGUUGAAAAAAAAUGUAUUUUUAUCUGAAUAAAAAAAUAUUCUCAUUCGA